UUCCUCCUCUUCCUCCUCCUCCUCCUCCUCCUCCUCCUCCUGCUCCCCACCCCUCAGGGGGCGGCGAUAGCGGCGGGGAGGAAGAAAAGGAUGCCACGGAAGCUGUUGCUGCCUUACAAAUCUGUUUUUUCUCAUUUUCGGGCUCCCAGGGGGCUGCAUGACGCGCUGGCGAUGAACGCGGCCAGAAGCGGCUACCGGGUCUUCUCGGCCAACUCCACGGCCGCCUGCACCGAGCUGGCCAAGCGCAUCACGGAGCGUCUCGGUGCUGAGCUGGGGAAAUCCGUGGUGUAUCAGGAAACCAAUGGAGAAACAAGAGUUGAAAUAAAAGAGUCUGUCCGGGGACAGGAUAUCUUCAUUAUACAGACGAUCCCCAGAGACGUGAACACUGCCGUAAUGGAGCUGCUGAUAAUGGCUUAUGCACUGAAGACCUCCUGUGCCAGGAACAUCAUCGGGGUCAUCCCUUACUUCCCCUACAGCAAACAGAGCAAGAUGAGGAAGAGGGGCUCCAUAGUCUGCAAGCUGCUGGCUUCCAUGCUGGCCAAGGCAGGUUUAACGCACAUUAUCACCAUGGACCUUCAUCAAAAGGAAAUCCAAGGCUUCUUCAGCUUCCCCGUAGACAACCUGCGAGCAUCCCCUUUCCUGAUUCAGUACAUACAGGAAGAAAUUCCGGAUUACAGGAACGCAGUCAUUGUAGCCAAAUCUCCUGAUGCAGCUAAAAGGGCUCAGUCUUACGCUGAGAGACUACGGCUGGGACUCGCAGUGAUCCACGGAGAGGCUCAGUGCACGGAGCAGGACAUGGACGACGGACGUCACUCCCCUCCCAUGGUCAAAAAUGCAACGGUGCAUCCUGGUCUGGAGCUGCCGUUGAUGAUGGCCAAGGAGAAACCGCCGAUAACUGUGGUUGGAGACGUUGGAGGAAGAAUUGCCAUCAUUGUGGAUGACAUCAUCGAUGACGUGGAGAGCUUCGUAGCCGCCGCGGAGAUUCUGAAAGAGCGCGGAGCCUACAAGAUCUUCGUGAUGGCCACUCACGGGCUCCUGUCCGCAGACGCGCCCCGUCUCAUUGAGGAGUCCUCCAUCGACGAGGUGGUAGUAACCAACACAGUCCCUCACGAGGUACAGAAGCUGCAGUGCCCCAAGAUAAAGACUGUGGACAUCAGCUUGAUCCUCUCCGAAGCCAUCCGGCGAAUCCACAACGGGGAGUCCAUGGCUUACCUCUUCCGCAACAUCACCGUCGAUGACUAGAGCUGGUGCUGCCCCUGUCCUGGCUUCCACGAGCGAAGGAAACAUGCAUGAGGAGGCAAUACCAUAAGUUAUAGACGUAACGCAGCUGUUUAUUCUUGUAGGGAGGGUGAAGGUUCUCAGGGUCCUGAGCCGUGAGAUCCGAUAGAAACAAAUCCACCUGAGCAGCACUUUACAGGUGAACGGGAGAGGCCACUGGCGAGGGGGAGGGUUUACAGCCUUGAGAGAGAGAGGAGGAGGGUUUGAAUUUAAAAUUCCUUUCUAUUUUUUUAGUGUUAUCUCUUGCUCUGAAGGGGAGUGGGGGGGGGGGGGGGAGU